AUGCCUCGUCAUCUACCCCAUGAUUUGUUCUUCCUCACAGAUUCAACGGAGGAAGCGACUACCAAGCCUACGACGAGCCCUUCGACUACGAUGACGGAACGCUCAGACUCAAAGACUUCUCAAAGCACCACUACCUCUGAAUGGGAAGCGAAAAGCAAGUCCGCGACGAGCCCAACGGCCACGAUGCCGGAACGAUCAGACGCAACGACAUCGCAAGAAACCACAACUUCCCAGUCAGCGGAAUCAUCGACUACGGACGUGACGACAAAGCCAACGAUGAGCCCUACGGCCACGGUGUCAGACACAACAACAUCGCCAGAAACCACCGCCUCCACAUGCUCAUCCCCUCCGGUGGAUUGUGAAUUCGGCGGGUCGUUCUACAAUUUCAGCACUUCAGAGAUGAAUCAUUCUUCUGCGGUUUCAGCUUGUUCCCAAUACGGAUCCCAUCUAGUCUUCAUCGAGUCGCAAGAGGAACAGGACUUCAUUGCAGAGCGUGCUAGUGAGAACUACUGGAUCGGGCUGACCGGCUUAAGUCUCAGUGAGGCAAGGUGGCUAGACGGAUCAAGUCUUACAUAUAAACAUUUUACCCAAGGGUCGUUUCGCGAGAAUGUAAACUGUUUUCAAAUUUGGUUUGAUAGUUAUCAAGAGUCGAAGCGAUAUAGUUGGCAGGAUAAGCAUUGCUCCAGACGAUUAAGAUUCAUAUGCGAGAAAAAAGUGGGGAUAUAA